AUGAUCUUCUUCUUACUUAAAAAACUUAUGAAAUUUUUUUUAUUAGUGUUACUUUUCAUAACGGUCUUUUUAUUGAGUUUCCUUUUAAUAGGUUCCACAGAUACUUCAAGUACAUAUUCUAGUGUGUACUUGACGAAAUUUGAGUUUAAUAAAACAUCUGACUUGUAUAGCAAUAUCCAAGCUGCCUACAAAGGCUCUAACAUUUCUACAAAAUUAGCAGAAUUGACAUUAUCAGUGGGCUAUCUAGGUGUGUGUAUUGAUAUUGAUAACUCACUUCAAUGCACCUCUUACGACGACUUGGACUCCAUUUCGAAUUAUACAGGAAUUUCCAUUAUACCUACAACCAAAAAUGGUGCCGAUCAGCUCAACUUAGUCGACUUGGCGAAAACAUUCAGAAAAGUGUGCUAUUCCAAUGUUUUACUUGCUGCUAUUGUGAUGACUCUUCUUUCGCUCGCAGUGGUAUUUUGGAACGUUAUCCCUUUGGUCCCCGGAAAAUCAAUGGCUAAAAAGAUAGCAUGUUUGUUAUCAGCCGCAAACGUCCUAGUCUGGGGCCUUGGUUCCAUGCUCCAGCACGAAGCCACAAAGGCUGCUCGGCAUAUCGUGGGCCCUGCGUCUAUGAAUACCGUUUCUGCCACCAUAGGUCAAAGGGCAGAAGCCAUGACUUGGACCGCUUUCUCCUUCCUCCUAAUAGUGUGCAUGGGGAGUGUUUUUGUAUACAUUAGAGACUUGAAGGAACAAGUCAAUGAAAUAGAACCAAAGUUUUAA